UGUGAGAGCCGAGUGUGUGUGAGCCGAGUGUGUGAGCUGUGGCAGUAACAAUGCCUUCAGUUCAGUAUCUGAGAGAGUUUAUCAACGAGCGACUAACUGCUGCUGCUGAACAAAUAUUCUUGGAGUUUGAAAAAACGAUCGUCCAGUACGAGGAAGAGAUCGACCGUCAGCGCAGACUGCUGGAUAUCACCUGGAAACCCCAAAUCAAGCUGCACAGGACAGACGUCCCACAGCAGCAGGUCUGUGAGGAGGAGGAGGAGGUUCUCCCUGAGCAGCAGCUCUGGAACCAGGAGAGGAGCUCCAGUGUGGACCAGGAGGAACCAGAACCUCCACAGAUUAAAGAGGAACAGGAGGAACUGUGCAGCAGUCAGGAGGGAGAGCAGCUGGGACUGAAGGAGGAGACUGAAGUUCAUAAUGAUCCUGUGCAGUACGAGGAAGAGAUGGAGCGUCAGCGCAGACUGCUGGAUAUCACCUGGAAACCCCAAAUAAAGCUGCACAGGACAGACAUCCCACAGCAGGAUAUCUGUGAGGAGGAGGAGGUUCUCCCUGAGCAGCAGCUCUGGAACCAGGAGAGGAGCUCCAGUGUGGACCAGGAGGAACCAGAACCUCCACAGAUUAAAGAGGAACAGGAGGAACUGUGCAGCAGUCAGGAGGGAGAGCAGCUGGGACUGAAGGAGGAGACGGAUACCUUUAUGGUGACUGCUGCUGAGGAAGGAGAGCACAGUGAACCAGGAGGAGACGGGGAGCAGCUCCUCUCUGAUGACUCUCCUCAAAGUGAAAUCACAGAUGAAGAAUCCAGCAAGUGUGAAGAGUCAGGGUCAAGUGAAACUGUGACCUCGGUGCCAAAGAAGAGACAGAAGAGAGACAGAAGUCACGAUGAUGUGGAGAGCUGGACUGUGUCAGAGAGUCCCUGCAAUGCUGCCACAGGUAGAGAGUCUGAUGUUUGCCAAAAAUCUGUCAAGAAUCAGGCCCAAAGAAAGAAACCCCACACUGAUGUGAAACCGUAUCGUUGUGAUACAUGUGGGAAAAGCUUCAGUGAUAGAAGUACGUGGAAACGCCACCUUAGAACCCACACAGGUGAGAAGCCAUAUCCCUGUAAUACAUGUGGGAAAAGUUUCAGUCGAAGCAGUACUUUGCGUACUCACAUGAGAACCCACACAGGUGAGAGGCCCUAUUCUUGUGAAACUUGUGGGAAAAGUUUCCAUAAGAAAAUGAAUUUAUCUAUCCACAUGAGAACCCACACAGGUGAGAGGCCAUAUCCAUGUGAAACUUGUGGGAAAAGCUUUAGUCACAGCAGUUAUUUGUAUAAUCACAGGAGAACUCACACAGGUGAAAAGCUGUUUGCUUGUAAUACAUGUGGGAAAAGCUUCAGUGAUAGAAGUACCUGGAAACGUCACCUUAGAACCCACACAGGUGAGAGGCCAUAUCCCUGUGAUACAUGUGGGAAAAGUUUCAGUCGAAGCAGUACUUUGUAUAUUCACCAGAAAACUCACACAGGUGAGAGACCAUAUACCUGUGAUACAUGUGGGAAAAGUUUCAGUCGAAGCAGUACUUUGUAUAUUCACCAGAAAACUCACACAGGUGAGAGACCAUAUCCCUGUGAUACAUGUGGGAAAGGUUUCAGUCGAAGCAGUACUUUGUAUAUUCACCAGAAAACGCACACCGGUGAGAGACCAUAUACCUGUGAUACAUGUGGGAAAAGUUUCAGUCAAGAAAGUAUUUUGAUGUAUCACAAGAAAACUCACACCGGUGAGAAGCCGGAAGCUCGUGAAACGUUUCAGUAUGAGUAGGAAUUUGAUAGACUGCAUGAGAACUCUCGGGGUUGUUGUUUUCCAGAAAUAUCUGUCUUUUAUGCUGUAUUCCUGUUUGUGGUCAGUGUUUUAUGUGAGACUUUGUGCAGUUUCAGUUUCAACUUCAAUCUGAUUUACAGGUACAAAAUAAAAGUUCAAUAUUUUGAACUUUUCUCACCCAGCUUUAUUUGCAGAAACCCCGUGCUGCAUGUAGCUCCAAGAAGUAUUUGGCUCUGGCCAUUUCACUUUUAAUCUCGUCAUGCGUUGGUAUCUGGCAGUGCUCUUGUUUAUGCUUAGGUUAAAUCUCAAGGGUCCAUGUAUACACUGUUCUUUGUUUUUGUUCCUUUUAUCCAUGCACACCAUUGAGUGUGGUUCUUCCACUUUUGUGAUGACCUGCAACUGUGACAUCCUGUCCAGCUCUUUUUUUUUUUUUUUUUUUAAGAUGAUCCUUAAGUGGAGCUGGGACUCUCCGUGGUGCAUGGAUUAGCGGCUGUGCAUCAUCUUUCAGCUGGACACUGUAUGUGUAUGGUAGGCAUCCCAAUCCUCUGAGAACUGUCCCUGCGUGUGCACUUGCUGCUUCUGCACAGUUGAUGUGGUAUACUCUUUCUACCAGGUUUAAUCUGUUGGAUGUCACCCCACCUAGCAGUGACUCCAGGCCCUCUGGUACAACCGUAAACAGUACAUCAUAAUCUUUGGAUUUUACUGUGACUUUCAGUCUGCAUUGACCACUGAUUUCAAUGUUCUUCCCAUUGUAGUCUUUUAAAGGUACUCUUCUUACUUGUUUUGGGCUUUUGUUUCAUAGCAUUGAUCUCUGUCAUGCUGAUUAGGUUUGCUUGUGCACCCGUAUCAAUCCUUAGUGUCACUAAAGUUUCAUGUAUUGGGAGUAUAUGCUUCAUAAUCUGAGCGCCUCUCACUUUCUUCUGCUUUAUUGUGCUCAGUUUUUACAUCUCCAGGAGACACUGUGCCCACAAAGAAAGUCUCACAUUCUUUCCAUUACAUUUUAAGCAUCUUUUGCCAUAAGCAGGACACUGUCAGGGUUCAUGUCUGCCACCACAUGGCUUACAGGAGUACAUUGGAUCAUCUUUGCUGGCCUCUAUUCUAUUCUAUUAUUUCUGUCACCAACUUCCUUGAACUCGAACGUGUUGAAGACUUCAGUGGCGUGAGGACCAGCCACUGUGAGCAGCAACACAAUUUUCCUGGUGUCGGGUUUGGAGUCUAGUCCCAUGGCAGCCAUAUACAGCUUAGACUGAUGAGCUGAGACUGGUGUCCACAUCCCCACCAGUUUCAGCCCUUCCAGUGGAUUCAAACUUUCCAUCUCGAGCAGAACUUUGGACGGCUAUCGCUUUUACCUUUUACUCCUGACACUUGAUCUGAUGUGCUCUCCUCCUCUACUGGAUCUCCCCAGGGUUGCUGUCUUUCACCCCUUCUGUUCAUUCUGUAAACAAAUGAGCGUCGCAGUAAUUUCACUAACAGACACAUCCUGAAGUUUGCUGAUGACACAGUGAUCGUUAGUCUUCUUGUGGGGACGAGUCAGGCCAUGGGCAGGUUGUAGAAGAUUUUGUGGCUUGGUGUGAUGAGUCCUUCCUUUUCAUUGAAUGUGUCAAAAACAAAAGACACCAAAUCAAUUCAAAAUAUAUUUCUAUAGCACAUUUUAAAAGACCGGAGUACAUCAAAGUGCUUCACAGUAGUACUGCUAUGUGAGUAAAAUUCAGGGCAGAGCAUGACAAGUAAAACAAGGUACAAACAGUGCAUUUACAUAGUGCAAUGCACCAGAUGAAAGCCAAACUAAAUCGCUUCAAAGACCCAAUUAAACAAGUGGGUUUUUAGGCGCGAUUUAAACAAUUGAAUGGACUCAGACGUGCGGACAUCACCUGGGAGAUUGUUCCAGAGUCUAGGUGCGGCAAUAGCAAAGGCACGGUCACCUCUGGUCUUUAAUCGAGACCUUGGUUGCAUUAAAAGCAGUUGGCUAGACGAUCUUAGUGGUCUCUUGGGGUUCUACAAGUUGAGGAGAUCGGUUAGGUAGCUAGGCGCCAGGUUAUUUAGAAUUUUAAAAGUAAACAAAAGGAUUUUAAAGUCAAUACGACAUUUAACGUGAUAAUUGAUUUUAGGAAGUCUUUUUAUAGGUCAUCACCUGCUAUGAUUAAAGCUGCUGAUAUUGAGAUUGUGAAGAGUUACAAGUAUUUAGGGGUUGUUCUUGCCCACAAACUGUGUUUUGAGCCUCAUGCUGAGGCCACUACCAAACACGUUCAGCAAAGACUGUUCUCUUUAAGGGAAAUGAGAUCUUUUAAUGUCUCAUCUGAAAUGUUCUCCUUGUUUUACAGAAGUUUUAUUGAAUCAUUUAUCUACUUGGUUUGGUAACAUGACUCUGAAGAACAAGAAUCGGUUGGGACUUUUGGUAAAACCUUGCAGCAAACUCUCAGGGCGUUGGCAAGAUGGACUUUUGACCAUUUAUAACAAGCAUGU